AUGAUGAUGAUCUCGAAACCGACAACAAUGGCGGUCUGCCUAAAGAGCGCCGCCACCGGUCAACAGCAAAACCGGAACAUGGCCACUCUGAAACAGAUUUCGAUGCGUUUAAAAUCUGUGACGAACAUCCAGAAAAUCACCCAGUCCAUGAAGAUGGUGUCUGCCGCCAAGUACGCAAGAGCAGAACGUGAACUGCGUCAAGCCCGUCCGUAUGGUGAAGGUGUCAAGGCAUUUUUUGAAAAGUCUGGUGCCAUCGAAGCAGCAGAUACUGGUGACAAUAACAAAUUAAUUGUCGCUAUCACAUCCGAUCGUGGUCUUUGUGGCGCAGUCCACACAAAUGUUGCAAAAACCAUUCGUAAUGAAUUAAGCGCAGAGGCUGUAGAGUCUCCUCAAUCAAAAGUAUUCUGUGUGGGUGACAAGUCUAGAGCACUUUUGCAGAGACUUUAUUCUCAAAAUAUUGCUGUAGUGGCUAAUGAAGUUGGCCGCAAACCACCUACAUUUUUGGAUGCAUCUAAAGUGGCAAAUGAGUUGAUACAAUUGGAUUUUAACAGCGGAAAAAUUGUUUUCAAUCGAUUCAAAACUGUUGUGUCUUAUCAGACCGAAGAAGUUCCAUUGCUGAGCGCUAAAACUAUGUUAGCUGCACCAAAGUUACAAUUGUAUGACAGUAUUGAUCAAGGUGUUAUGGAAUCCUACCAAGAAUUUACUGUUGCUGCUUUAUUAUACUACACAAUGAAAGAGUCUGCUUGUAGCGAACAAUCAUCGAGAAUGACUGCUAUGGACAAUGCUAGCAAGAACGCAGCUGAGAUGAUUGGCAAGCUCACUUUGACAUUCAAUCGUACUAGACAGGCCGUGAUCACUAGAGAGUUGAUUGAAAUUAUUUCUGGAGCAGCAGCAUUAGAAUAAUUGUAUUUUAUAAAUAUCAUAAAAUUAUAGAGUUGGAGAACAACAGUAAAAGAAAUGAAAUUCCAUACAUUUGAAAAAAUAAAAUCAGUGGUAUUUAUCAAUUAGAAA